GAGCACUAUAAGGCAGGGGAACUGGCAGCUAAUCCUCAGGAGCUUACACAAUUCUUACUUCUUCUCAUAAGAGGUUUUUACCAAUGCAAGGGAUUCUCCGAAAACAACACAAACCCUUCCUCUCCAUCCACCAGAGUGAGAAAACAAAAGGUAGAGAGGGAAAAACGUUCUCUCUCACUUGCUUGCACUAAUCCCUUUGUUGUGGAGUAUUGAGGGGCCAGGGCUCUUGGCUGACUGGCCAUCCCUGUGUAAUGGGGGCUAAUUCGGGUGAAGGGUGCCCAGCCAGCCCUCCUGCUGGCCAUCCUCCACUAGAUUAGGCGGGGCGGCCCUAAGUCAGUGGCAGGGGUCCCAGCAGGGAGAUGGGGGUCCCAGGUGGGACCAUGCGGUUCUGGAGCCAUGCUGUCCCCACAUUGCUCCUUCUACCCCUGUGUCUGCUGGGGAGGAUCGUGGAGGGCCAGGCCCCAGAACAGGGCAAGGAGAGGGGCUACCUGCAAGAGGCCAUCAGGGCUCUACAACUUGGGUCUCAGACCCAGCUCCAGAGGGACCAGACAGGGUUCCUACUCUCCACUGUCCUCCAGGCUGUGCACUGUGCAGAACGGAUUGGGGGAUCACAGGAGCUCUGUGACAAGUGCCUCACUCCAGACCUUGUCCUCUCUGUCCUGGAGGAUGAUAGGAAGGCUUACCUCACCGAGGAUGACUACCAUAGAGUCUCCACCGUUUUGCUCUACUACAUGAUCAACAUGGAACACCUGUGUGCCACCAACCCCUCCCCUUCCUCCUUUUCCUCCUCCUCCUUGUCACCUAGCUACCAGUACUACCUUCUGGCCCUGACCAACCUCCAACCUACAGAAGAAAGAGGCUUCCUCUCCUCCAAUGAGAUAGAGAGCAUCCUGCAGCUCAUCAACCAGAACUAUCAACCACCUGCUCCAGAGACAUCUGGCUCCUCCCAAUCACAGUGUAUCGAUGCCUCCCGUCUACUGGAUGAGUUGGGGAUCACAGAUAGCCAAGGUGCUGAUCUAUCCUUAGUGGCCACACUGUCUGCAGCCAUCAUCACCCACACCCUGCAGGGCCACUGUUUCAGCAAGAGGAACCUGCCCUCCCCUGCCUUCUUUACAGAUUACAUCUUCCAGUCCCUCAACCGCACCAGCAACCUACAUGUCAGGGAUUUGGAGGAGCUGCUGCACCAGCUUGGUGUGGGCGGUGGUGGUGGAGGGGCCUAUCACUCACACUGCAGAGAGAAGCGGAGCAUCACAGGCCCCUCCCAUAUAGGGUGUGUCCAUGAGCCUUUGGGGAUCAACACAGACUGGACACAGGUAUGCUACUCAGCCAAUCAGCUGGUGGAUAUUUUUGUUCUGGAUCCGCAUUUGCAUAUUUCCCGGGAUCACUUCAGACAAAUCUGCCCAGCUGUUAUCCAGCAGUUGCUAGGGAAUGCCUGUGAGUCCACAGAGCCAGCUACACGAGGAUCUCCACCCAGUGCCAUUGAGAAAUAUGGCUACAGUACGGCUGCUGUGUUACUUAUCACCGUGGGCUCCAUGUUGGGCAUCUGCCUGAUCUUCUUCAACUCCUGCCAGGAGACCUACGCCCUCAUCCUGCAGCUCUUUGUGGGCCUGGCCGUGGGAACCCUCUCAGGGGACGCCCUCCUGCACCUCAUACCACAGAUCCUUGGCCUCCAUGACGACAGUCACCAUUACGAUCAUCACUUUACUGAGGGAAAGGAAUAUCUGUGGAAGAUUUUGGGAAUCAUCGCUGGAAUCUACGGCUUUUUCCUCAUCGAAAGGAUCUUCUCCCUUGUGAUGCCAUCACAUGGCCAUGGUCACGGGGGCCUGGGCAAUUCCCAUGACCUCCCCCUGGAGCUCAACUGCAACGGCCAGUCACAGAGGGGCAUGUCUAUCUCAACCAUGCAGCUGGGAACUGUGGAGGACUUAGAAUGCACAGAAAUCCCAUCAGAGGAGGCUGAACCAAGAACCCCUACGCAUCAGACGAGACAGGGUAUUCCUGUACUGGCUGUGAUGGUAAUCGUGGGAGACAGCCUCCAUAACUUUGCUGACGGCCUGGUGGUGGGGGCGGCCUUCUCCUCAUCCACCGAGACAGGCAUGGCGACCACCGUGGCCAUCCUCUGCCAUGAAAUCCCUCAUGAAAUGGGUGACUUUGCGGUGUUGCUAAGCUCAGGUCUCUCUGUGAGGAAUGCAGUGAUGAUGAACCUCCUCAGUGCUCUGACGGCCUUCAUCGGCCUCUACAUCGGCCUCUUCGUCUCCUCGGAACCAGAGGUCCAGCAGUGGAUCUUCACCGUUACCGCAGGGAUCUUCCUCUACCUGUCGCUGGUAGAGAUGCUCCCAGAGAUGAGUCGUGUGAAGACCAACAGGCCCUGUAUCAUGUUCCUCCUGCAGAACCUUGGCCUCCUAAUGGGCUGGGCCUGUCUUCUGCUCCUUGCACUGUUUGAGCACAAACUUAAGUUUUGAUGACAGGACACACACACACAUCCUACUAUGGUAUCUGCCAUGCAAAUGUGUAAUUGAUGGCAAUGUUGACGGUACUUUGUGGUCUUGCUUUUUUGUUGUCAUUUUGACAUCUUGUUUAUUGAUUACUGCAUUAUUUACUGACACACCAUAUGAAGACAGUGAACAGCACAUUUAAAAUGUCACAAGCAAGAAACAUUUCAUAAGUGACCGGAUAAUAGAGUGACGUGAAUAGUAGCAGUGACGAUGUGAAUCAAAUGUCAUUUUAGAUCCAGUGGUUACGCAUAAUGUGUUAGAGCUGGAUGAAUCCACUUUUGUAUGAAUCAGAUGCCUAAAUGUGAUCUUUAGGACAUGAACACAUCUUCUGUGUGAUGAUUAAUUUUUGUAUGACGUACUGUGUAACAUAGGGCACAUAGCUAGCUUGCAGUCUGUCUGUCACAUCUAUGUCUGGACAUGAUAGUGUCAGAUGUCUAGUCUACAGUGCCAGACGAGAUCAGAUACCUUGCUUGUAUGUGUAUAUUUGCCAUGAAAUACAGUGUCUUCAGAAAGUA